AUGCCCUCUGGAAUUGGCCUAGAGAUUGUCAACGAGCUCCUUCGUCAGUCAGCCACGGUGCACGUUCUGGACAUCUCCUCGAAGUUCCCUGAAACAUCCCAAGCUCUACAGCAUCGACUGCAUUUCUACCCGGCGACCGAUGUGAGCUCGCGAGAAAGUGUCAGCCGGACCAUCAAGAUAAUCAUUCAGAAGUGCCCCGACAUCCACGGCCUCGUCAACUGUGCUGGUGUCUACCGACAAAGCGCCUCCGUCAUUGAUUCCGACGAGAACUUCCACAAGGUUAUGUCGGUUAAUCUCGAUGGGGUUUGGAACACGGGGACGGAGUACCUUCGCUACUGCGCAGGCAGCGGCACCAGUAGCUGCAGCAUGGUAAACAUUGGCUCCACCAUCGUGCUGCAGGGGCUUCCAGGGAUGGCAGCGUAUGCGGCUAGUAAGCAUGCCAUUGUGGGCCUAACGAGGGGUGAGAAUCAACUGCGUCGCCCCUGGUGUCACAGAUACCCCAUUACUCAGACAACAUUACACUGAGGCAAGCAUUGCGGAGAACUGGCUGAGUACCAUUCCCAUGGGUAGGGUGGGGAGCUGCAAGGAGGUUGCUAAUGCGGUUGUUUUCCUUCUGGGCGAUGCUUCCAGCUAUAUCACCGGUCAAGUCCUGGCGGUUAGUGGCGGAUUUCCAUAA